GUGGCUUCGGAACUGUGAAAAUCGUUCGUCGGGUCGGAAAAGCACGUACAAACGGGCGCGUCUUCUGGCAGUCUACCACCCGUUCAAACAUACUCGGGAAAACCCGAACAUCGCGUGGCAGGUGGCGAAGAAAAACAACGCAGCAUCGGUACGGGUCAGGGGUGUGCAUGCCCCUCACCGGAAUUGCUGCUCCAUCGGCUCUCAUCUCGCGUACACCAGCAGAAGGAAUGCUCAAUUCCGCCACAACCGUCAACAAACAAGCGCCGUCGUUCGGGCUUUAGCUAUCUAUAAGAAAGGACCUGUUUCGUGAGCGCUUCCCCAGCUAAGACGGCAGUUUACGGGAAACAAUUGGCUGUACAGGAACACGGCGGAACGGGACACAAAGAGAUUUUUUGUUUUAAUUUCUUAGACUGCCUGACCCUCCGGGCUGUGGUGAAGCAUUUUAUGUGCGCUUUUGGGAUGAAGUGUAUGGGAGUCGGUGUUGGUGAAGUUAAUUGUACAGUGUGACGAGAAGCAUUCAGAUAAGCUUAUUAUGUCGUUUCUUAAGAAAAGUGAAAGUAAUCAUUUUGAAGUGAAUCAUCAUUUUGCUUAGAGAAAACGGAAAGUAAAAUUACAUUCGGUAUCGUACGAGAGCACAACCUGACUGGAAUAUCGAUGACGUACAGCGAAGCACAUAUCAAUUCGGUUGGAAUGUGAAUAUUAUGCUAUACAUUAUUUUGAAAAAAAAAGUGUUUUUGGUGAGAUUGCACAUAAAGUUUCUGCUGUGUCUCUACAUUGGAAAUUAAAUACAAGUAAAUAAACCAGCUAAGAAAUGAAGUGAAAAUUUUCUCAACCUGAGUGAUACAUUAUACGUACAAACACAAUUUUUCACGGUGAACCACAAGUUUGUCCUGCCUGCAUCCGGGUUGGGAGAAUAAUGCGCAAUGCUCAUUUUAUGUGGUUAGAACUAACAGCAGUCUUCUAAAUUAUGUAUUUUGUCUGUUUCAGGUAGGAAAAACAGUAGUGCACUACACGUACUAAAAGCUGAACUGAGCUCACAUCAUCUGAGGCACCUCUGAAGAGUAGCGUGUUCAUCGCCUAGUACAGAGCUGUGGCAAAUGGCAGCCUGUAUCCGUAAGGUGAACGUAACGUUGAACGAUUUAAUCUUGAUUAAUGUGUCAUUUCGCGUGUGAAUUUCCGUGUGAAACGGUCGGCAGUUGCCGGUGAAAUAAAAAACAAGUGAGCAAAUCAAGUGAUUAUCUGGAUGAUGAAAAACCUCGCUCCAUCAACGUUAUGAAUCGGAAGCCGGUGUAAAAGUGACUUUCUGACCUCGAUUCUCAUCAUCCCGAAGGGUGGAGGAGGCGAAAGGUCGAAUUACAAAACGACACGAGGUUAGCCGGACCGCCCGGACAGAUGGACGGUUUUGAUUUACUGGCCCCGGCUGAAGGGUGGUGAAUUUGUUUGUUCGUCGAAGCAAGCCAGAUGAUUUUCCUGGCUCGAAUAAACUGAAGUGAUCAAAUUUCACAUCAAAGAGUGUUGCUCUGGAACACGUUUGUAUCUAAGCUGUUUACCAAACAAAGUCAAACAUUUGCCCAUCAGUUUCACAUGUUCAAAUGAUUUAUAAAUAUACGGAUACAAUCAGUUGUGCGGCAAUCUCAGAUUCAACUCCUCAAAACGGAUUCAGUGUGAAGUGAUCCAAAUGAUAAACGUCAAAAUACCGCACAAACACGUACGAACUCGUAUCACAACGGCACGGAAGUCGAAUCCCAACAAUCACAGUUCGUUUGGUACAAAUUGAAAUAAGAGGUCCUGGGCGAGCCUCCUGGGUCGAAGCGGAUAAUUCGAAACAAGCAUGCCCCAUUGCCUUCGGUGAGGAUUUUCUCUGGGGUUCUGGAUCUGGAGUUUGCGGGGGAGGAGAGAAAAAAAGAUAAAAAGAACAUAUUGUACCCAGUCUCUGUGGGAGAGCAGCUCGCUUUUCUGCCUCGGUAAAGCAGCAUGCUGAAGGAAAAGGAAGAUGAUCAGGAAAUAUGCAAAGCGCCAUCACCCUCACCGGAGGAAAGGAAAUUCUCCAAGGACUUGGAGUUGGACCCAAUGGGAUCGCAAAGAGUCUACAAGAAAACCUCAUCCAACCAACUUCUGACACUGUACCUGGGCAGCCGGGAACUGGUGGCCCGCAAAGGAGUCAUCGAGCCGCUGAGAGGUGUCCUCUACAUCGAUCCAAAAAUCAUCAACGAUGCCAAAAUCUACGGCCAGCUAACGCUAACCUUCCGUUACGGACGCGAGGACGAAGAGGUAAUGGGUCUGAAGUUCUGCAAUGAAGCCGUCAUCGCCUUACAAAAUAUUUGGCCUAGAGCUGUGAGUACCGAACCGGAAGUACUAACACCGUUACAGGAAGCUUUACUCGAUAGACUGGGAAAGAAUGCAGUUCCUUUCACACUGGAAAUCGGCACCGUGGCUCCACCGAGUGUUCAACUGCUGCCGGCGAAACGCUACACCGGGGCUCCCAUCGGCACUAGUUAUGACGUGCGGGUCUACACGGCGGAGGCCUCAGCGGACGAACGUGUCCAACGCCGCUCGACUGUGAGAUUAGGUAUAAGAUUAAUUCAUAAGAUUUGUCCAGAGACUUCGAAAGUGUCGGCACUGGAAACGGCCACCGUCAAUGCGAUCACCGACAGCGGCGGUCAACGUCCGAAAUCACCUCCCAUUACGGUGGACUCCCCAAGCAAUAGCAGCUGUACCGUCACCAAUCCUACCACCCCCACCAGCACGGCCAACUGUACCAUAAACUCAUCCGGCGGUAGCGGCAAUAACAGCACCAUACCCCGGUCGCUUCGAUUGCGGCUGUCGCCGAAAUCCCUGAAGCUGUCCUCGCUCCAUCGCCACAGUAGCAGCGUUGAUAGUUCGAAUGGUGGCAUCAAAUCCUUCGGAGACCACGGAAUCAUCGAGCUGACGGAUGUGAACAAGGGUCCUCAGGUGUCCGUGGACAAACCGUUCCUCUGGGCCGACGGGCGGGUCAACCUGAAAGCCUCACUGAACAAGGCCGCCUACGUGCACGGCGAGAACGUCACGGUGACGCUCGACAUUAAAAACGAUAGCCGGAAAGUGGUGCGGAAAAUACGGCUGAUUGCCGUUCAACACGUUGAUGUUUGCAUGUUCAGCAAUGGGAAAUUUAAAAAUAUCGUUGCUGAGGUCGAUGUCAGCAAACACAUCGGCCAGGGAGACACACUUCACGCCUCGUAUUCACUGCUGCCGGUUAGAGGAACUACCAAAAACUGGAUAGCCGUCGAGGGCGCUCUAUUUAGCAGUAACUACAACGAUCCCAGCUCGUCGGCUUAUAACUCUAAGCUGGCGACCAGUGCCCCUCGGGGUCUCAUGAUGGCAUCCUCCGCAUCGGAAGAGAAAAAUGUAUUUGCAAUCUAUGUUUCCUACUAUGUUAAGGUUAAAAUAAUACUCAGUAGCAUGGGUGGUGAGGUUUCAUUAAAGCUUCCAUUCGUACUGGGCAAUGUCGAGCUGAACGAGUCCACCGAUGGCCCGGCGACGCUCAGUGGACUAAGAAAGCAACGGGAGUUGAAUCGGAAAAUGAGUUCGGCGAUUAGCAAUGGUAGCAACAGUCUGGAUCUCGGUCCAGUGUCACCACUAGUGAGAGAGAUGAGCCUGCGAGACACGGAUGACGAUCGCAACGAUAGGGAUCGAAUAAACCGAAUAACUGAACUGAACAACCAAAACAAACGAAUGCCAAACAGGUCCGUCUCGGAGUCCUCUCCAAAUCGAAUGUCACAACCGGCGAAGGACAACGGAACCAGUACUCGGAGAGAAAUGUUCAAAAAUUCUAAAUUUAACGAAAACCUCAACAGUACAAUCGAUGUGAUCACCGAAGACUUCCAAAACAUCGCGGCCAAUAUCAGUAAUCUGGUCAAAUCGGACUCGAGCAAAUCGAACCUGAAUGAUUCCGGACCGUGUCAGCAGGAAAUCAGCGUCGAGGCCCAAAUUCACUGUCCCCAGGUGACGGACGAUGGCCUUGCACAGCAUUGAUAAUCACUCGACAGCCAACCGAAGAAUUUGUAGGGUGGUGCAUAUUGAAAAUUCACCUCUAUCUUUUACUCUCAACCUGCUGGUUAGCGUUGAAUGUUUAUACACAGAGCAAAAUAGAAGAGGAUAAGUCGACACUAUAUAUAUUUAUAGACGGUCUGUAGUAUGAGACACACUCUCUAGGUAACCGUUUGCCACUAUUUUAUAUAAAACGUACCCUAUUUGUGAUGUUAAUUAAUACUGAACAUAACACUGUGUCUAUUUUGUAAUAAUUGUCGGCAUAAUAGCUAAUUGUUAUUCAUGGAAAACCCAUAGGAGACGCACACAUUGUGCACAGUAAGUUAUAGCCUUCAACACACAUAAUGACAAAGCUUUUGACUUGUAUUGUCUCGCAUUUCCGCAACGUAUUUUCGUACAGUGUAAUUGAACCUAAUUGCCCAUUGUUGUUGAACAAAAAAGAAACAAUUCCAUCAAGUAAAGUUUGAAUUUAAAAUGAAUAUGUUAUUCACUAGCAGCCACGGAUUUGGUUUGUUUCGUUGAUGAAUCAAACCAAUUCUAUUGAUAUGGAAAAUACACAGUAAACACAAACAAGUACAAAAGUAUUGAAGCACUGUAAGAGGAAUGAAAUUUCGCUCUCUUCAUGACUGUUCUAGUGUAAAAGCCUGGCGACUUACGCUAUUUUAUUACAGUUACAAGAAUAGAUGAUGCUGCUGAUGAUGAUGAUCACUUUACACUCUAACAAAUCAUUAUAGCGAGAUUAAGUAGGAUCAGGAGGAAUUGUGUGGUAUUGAAGGAAUCUAGAAAGGGGGAUUGCGCGGAAUUAGCAAGUUUGAAAAAAAUUAACAAGAACUGAAAAAGUUUAGGAGAGACUGUGUGGGAUUAGGUAAGAAUAUUUUUUAUCAGAUGAGUUUAUUUGCCAGAGCUAGUCCAGAAUUUAGAAUCACUUGCCAAUUGGGAAACCAUGUUUUAUAUAGCUAAAUUUACAUUCCGAGUUAAAAAUAUAUGAACACGAGAACGUACAAACCGUGAUCGAUUUUUCUAGCUCGAUUCUGAAUUUAUUUGGAAUCGGUUGACGAGUUGGAGACCGCAUUGAUUCAAAAUUCAUGUUGAAUUUCAUAUGGAAUUCCCAAAGAUUUUUCUUCGCCCAUUCGGAUUUGGUUCAGAAUUCAUUCCCAAUUGCACUCGGUGGGCAGAUUUUUCCAUCCCGCCAGAAUUCCGGUAAGAGUCUGGCAACAACCGUCUCCGGCAAAGAAUUUCACCUACACGCUUCAAACAGAUUCUCGAGUUCGGCAUAUUGAAAUGCCGAACUACAUCGGUAACACAGCAUUUUACUGAUUCUUCAGUAAUCCACAUGUUUUUUUUUCGAAAUUUGUUGAAGUAAUCUCGGUAAAGCACCUUUUUUGCCGAAGUUUGGUAUAAUAUUAUGUUGAAUUUAUCAGCAAACAACAAAUAUACCGAGAUAAGCAAAUCUGCCGAUCUAACAGCAAAACUGCUGCUGACAAGUUCUUCAAUAAUUGAUAAAUUUAGGAUUCUCGAAAUUCUCAGUAAUUAUACAUUUUCCCGAGACGAUUACCGAGCACUCGGCUGUGCGAAACUUGGCAUUUUUUGUCGAGAUUCAGCAAUAAAAUUCAAGUAUCAUACAAGACUGGCAGAAGCGCUUCGAAUCGGUUCUACAUUUUUAGAGCCUUUAAAUUUACUUAUUGUUUCAAAAAAAUAUUUAUGAAUGGUAAUAACAUAGAUUUCUCACUACCAAAAAAGAUGUGUAUCUUCAUCACUCAAAAUAUCCAUAUUUCGAUCUCACUUACAUGGUGUCAAGACUCGUUUUUUUUGUAUGUUCAUUCAGGACAGACAAACAAAAAAAAGGAAGGAAGAGCGAGUUUUUGGUAGCAGCCGGAAUCUUGCCAGGCUUCUGUCGGCUGCCAGAAUUUCUCCUAAGCAGGAUGAGGAGCAUGUCUCGAAUCCAUUCCCUCUCAGCAAGCAGUUCUUUUUUGUUGGUCGUUGAGCGCUUGUUGAACAACAUACUGCACGAAAUAUUCGUUCAGUUUGCUGGGUCGGGUUGUUGUUUUUUCUCUAGCGAAAAUAGUGUCAAAAUUAGGUGUUACCUUCAUAUAGAAAGAAAAUUUGUUGUUAUUCUACGUGAAGUAGAAGAAUUCUACAUUUUAAAAAAUAAGUGGACACAAACUUCCAAAAUGCUCCAGUAAACUAGUGAACGAUUAAUUGGACGUUGAUUAGACCAACGAUACAACGUAUUGGACCAACGAGAAACCACCGUUGAACGUUUUUUUCUAAGAGGGAUCUUAAUCGACUGCUAGUUUCUGCGUGCUCGAUCAAUCCGAUUGACAGUGACAUUAUGAAUGUCAUUUAUAUUUCGCUCAUUUUAGAAGUGUAAAAGUUAGGCAACUUACGCCAUUUCAUUACACUCCAGCUAGUGGAAUCAGUCACGUACCCAGAGAGGGACCCGAGGGGCCCGGGCCCCUCCCGAAAUUAAAAACAGAUAUAUAAUUAUUUAGAAGGUCUAAGACAAGUGUUGCAGAAAUAACAAGACAGUUAACGUAAAGAAGUGUAACACAAUAACAGUUCCAGUGGAAAAGUUUAAAGUGUCUCUUAAAAACACCCGUAAAAGGCACACCGUGAUUUAGGUACAUAAGUAAUAUUCAGUAACAUUAAUUUUUUUUAUCUUUGGGCCCCUCCCGAAUCAAAAUCCUGGGUACGGGCCUGAGUGGAAUGGACCUUUUUUGCAAUUUUCCAUCGAAUUUCAACAGUUUAUGCUGAAAUUCUAAGAAGAUCUGGUUACUUAUUAGCUCUGUAUAUCCGAAAAACUUGAAGAUUUGAAUUUAUGUAUUGAAAUAAAAAAAAUAUUUAUUCAGAAAUAAAUUUGCAAUACAUCAUCACGAACCCUCAUUAUCAGAUCCGACUGAAUUCCGAAUCGGCGAGAAAUUUUCAUUCAGAAAUCCAUCUGGAAUUCAGUAUGAAAUUCGAUUCAAUGUGGAAUCUAGUGAAACAACUGAUUCCGAAUGUAUUUCGCCUCUAACCGGUUGAUUCAGAAAUCUAUCGAAAUUGAUUGUGAAGAUGCGGAACGAUUGUCAAUUCGCUUUCAUCUUAUUCUUUCCCGAUUUGUUUUUGUUUUGGCACUGUUUUUCAGAUUAUUUCAAAAUAAAAAAUUUAUAUAACUGAUAUACUUAAAUUUAAAUUUUGAAGUUUAUCGGACAUACACAACUGGUAAAUAACCAGUUCUUCUUAGAACUCCAGCAUAAACUGUUGAAAUUCACAUGAAAUGAACAAAAAGUACUACCUUAGUCAGCAUCAUCCAUACCUCUAGCUGGAGUGUAAUGAAAUGGCAUAAGUCGCCUAACGUUUACACUAACACAUUCAUAAGAGAACCUUACACGAUGAUUAAAAGUGUCAUUACUAAAAAAUAAUAUCAUUUUAAUGAACGUGUAUGGUGCAGUAAUGACGAGUUUUCUAUGCAAAAUUGAAAUAUCGUUACUUAGUCAUCAUUAAAAAUGACAAAAAUAAUUCUCGUGUAAGGGCCGCUAUGAAAUAAGCGAAAACUCAAUGACAUUUAUAAUAUCACUUUUAAUUGGGUUGAUCACCCAACUCAGGCGAAGUUUCUAGCACUGAAAAAUCGAACAGUCGAGUAAGAAUUCAUUACUCAUUCCGUCAUUUCGAUAAUGUGGGAAAACAUGAAAAAUCGGGCAAGAAUAAGAAGAAACCGAAUUGACAAUUCAGUCCAGUCCGCAUCGUUUCACUCGAUUCCGAUAGGUUUCCAAACCAACCGGUUGGAGGCGAAAUUCAUUCCAAAUCGGUUGUUGCACUGGAGUUGGAAUUUAUUCGGAAUUCCUUAUGAUUUUCACAUGGAAUUCCGAAUGAAAAUUUUGCGUCGAUUCGAAAUUCAUUCGGAUUUGAUAAUGUGGGAACCGUUGGGCGACUGGCAUAGAGUUUCCAUUAGCCACCAUCUACUUUCUACAGAAGAAAUAGUAUUUUAUUAAUACCGGAUUAGCUGUCUCCAGCGAACUCGGAUAGCUUCACAGUAGUCAACUUUUUCGUUCUGAGAAGGAACAGGCAUUUCGAAGUAAUUAUCGAACGAAGCUUUUCACAGUCCAAAGGCUACAGCAAAUCAACUGAAAACGCUAUCAGUUUUCUUUUGUGCCCAACAAGCUUUCUACGUUUGGCAAUUCACUGAAAAUCGUUCAAUUUAAUGUCGAAUUCGUUUGAUGCCGAAACUAACCCAUUUCCAACCCCAACUGCUGUCAAAUCCAUAUAUUUGACAGUAGUUAGGGUCGAAACUGGAUUGGAUUUUGCUUCAAGCGAAAACGCAUUGAGUGUUUGCAAUUUAUCCAAAUGAUUACCGAGGACUCGGUUCGGCGAAUCUUACCAUCCUUUUUGCCGAAAUUUUGCAGCUAUGACGGGGGGAAGCUCUUUCGUCGAUUUGAUUUGUUGAAUGCCAGGCAAACAUAAGCCAAAGUGCACGGAAAUAAUACUACCGGAGCUCAUUUGUGUCGACACGAUAAGAAACAUAUGGCAUUUUCGCUUGAAGCAUAAUGUAUGGAUUUGAAAGCAGUUGGGGUUGAAACUGGGUUAGUUUUGACCUCAAGCGAAAGCGACAAAAAAUAAUGCAAAGACUGUUGAAAAAGUGAAAGCAGAUAUCAUUUGGGACAUCAUGAUAAAAAAAAACUGAAUGCGAUUGUCAAUAGAUUCUACACAACUUGGACUUUUUGGCACAGAUCCGGCUGUAAAGUACUAAAAAUUUGCACAUUAUAAGAACUUGCUAUAGUACAAUGAAGAAUUAAAUCUAGUCCAUAUGAUAUGACAGAAGAUUAAACAAUCAACAUAAAAAGCCUUUCCAUCACGAAAGCCCUUUUCGUAGGAAACCUGUCUUAAACCAAAAUCCUAAAUUUUGGAAUUGUUGAUCUUGAAAAAGACCAAAAUAUGUUAAUUUUGAAAAUCAAACACUAGAGAUGCAUGCAAGAUUAUAACAACAUUAUGUUUUAGCGAAUUGCUACACUUUUGGAGCGAAAAAGCGAUGCAUACUUAUUUAAACGAAAAUAAUUUUAGCUCUCAUCGCUGGUGAAAGCAAUUUUGAACACACUGUUAACAAUAUCUCGUAGUGAUCGGUAAAGAUUUGUGAGUUUUCUGAACUCGCUCAAAAAAAGUGGUUUCAACAAAAAUUGUUCUGUCAAAAAGUAAAAAGUACUCCUAACAAACAUUACAUUUGAAUUUAAAUUUCUAUCAUUGACACAUUGGUUUUUAAUAAUUUUUACACUCUAAAACGUCGUAUGUUUUACGGUAAACGUUUUAAGAAAAUGUUAGAGUAACACAAAUCACUGAUCAUGUCAAAAAAAACAUAACAAAAUUGUUUAAUUUAUAGUCCUUAUUGUCCUAAUCUAAUCCAUUUCUAUUAUUUUCUGGAAUCAGGUCAAAACUCAUAAAAAAAUUUGUUCAGAAGAAACAGAUUAGGGUCAGGUAUAAGAAAUAAUCAAUAUGGCGGACGCAUCAUCAAUGUUAAUCGAGACAGCGCAGUGCGUGAAAAAACUUUCUAUUCAACUCAAUUUUAACCCCCAAAGUUUCCUGCAAGCAGUGUACAUUGUCAGUGAAUAAACGAAAAUACGUUAAAGGUUAUGGUCAAGAAAUUCAGUAACAAUGAACAAACUUAGUCUGUUUUAAAUAAAUUUGUGUUUUUGGAAAACUGU